AAAACUUUUUUUCAGCUUAUUACUUUGUGUCCACGAGGUGCCCUCCCUAUUGUAUGCGUGUACUGUAUAUGGACAGAAAAAGAGCAGAGGUUUACUCGUGCGUGAUUCAGUGGGAGGAGCGGCUCCAGCAGCCCCCACCGAUCCUGCCCCUGCGCCCGAGGGAGGGUAGGCUUUGUCUGGAUACGUGGAGGAACUCAAGGCGGUCCUAGAGACCCAGACCCUCCACCAUCUCCUCCAAACUUUAAAAUGGCACCCUCCACUUCUCCGAUCUUCUCCGCGCUCCUAGUCGCGUGCUUAACCGGUGCGGCGAACUCACAGUACGAGAAAUACAGCUUCCGGAGUUUCCCCCGGCACGAGCUGAUGCCCCUGGAGUCCGCGUACAAGUACGCGCUGGACCAGUACACCGGGGAGAAGUGGAAGGAGACGGUGGAGUACAUGGAGGUGUCCCUGCGGCUGUACCGCCUGCUGCGCGACAGCGAGGCCUUCUGCAACCUCAACUGCAGCUCCGUGCGUCUGGACGACGAGCGGCGGUUCGAGGAGUUCCCGGAGCUGCGCGCGUUCGGCAACGUGAUGAAGCGCGCGCAGUGCCUGAAGCGCUGCAAGCAGGGCCUGCCCGCGUUCAGGCAGACCAUGCCCAGCAGGGACACCAUCGACGAGUUCGAGAGGAGGGAGCCGUACAAAUACCUGCAGUACGCCUACUUCAAGUCUGACAAUCUGGCCAAGGCGGUGUCCGCUGCCCACACCUUCCUGCUGAAACACCCGAAUGAUGAGAUGAUGCAGAGGAACAUGGCUUAUUACAAGAGUCUGCCUGGGGCCGACGAUCACCUCAAAGACCUGGAGACCAAAUCCUACGAGACGCUGUUUGUGCGCGCGGUCCGGGCGUACAACGGGGACAACUUCCGCACGUCGGUGUCGGACAUGGAGCUGGCUCUGAGAGACUUCUUCAAGGUCUACGACGAGUGUCUGGCUGCGUCCGAGGGCCCCAGGGACAUCAAGGACUUUAAGGACUUCUACCCGUCCAUAGCUGAUCACUAUAUAGAAGUCCUGGAGAGGAAAGUGAGCUGUGAAAGUGACCUCACACCUGUUGUGGGGGGGUUUGUUGUGGAGAAGUUUGUGGCCACCAUGUACCACUACCUGCAGUUCUCCUACUACAAAUUGAACGACCUGAAGAACGCGGUGCCGUGCGCGGCCAGCUACAUGCUGUUCGACCCCAGCGACGAGGUCAUGAAGAACAACGUGGCCUAUUACAAGUUCCACAACAGCCGGUGGGGCCUGACGGACGACGACUUCCUGCCCCGCUCAGAGGCCGUGCGCUACUACAACCAGACCACCAUGCAGCUGCAGAUGCUGGAGUUCGCCAGGCAGCGCCUGGUGAGCGACGACGAGGGGGAGGUGGUGGAGUUUAUAGAUGAGUUCCUGGACGAGGAUGAAUAGGCCAUGAUGGAAACGCUACUGGGACACUGAAAAGAAACAGCGGAAGCGCGCGGAUACUCCUCAAGUUUCUAUUUAUUGGAUUUUGUGAGAGGUUGUGGUGGAUUUUGUGUGUUUCACCUGCAGCCGCACAACAUGGGGAUUCGUGUAAUCCCCCAUUUUGUGCAGACGAGCUGAGAGGACUACACGAUGGUGUGAUAGAAUGAGUGUCAUGACGUCGCUCCUCCAACGUGAAUCAUAUCUGCUGUCUUUUAAAAUAGUUUUUUUUUUAUUUUCAAUAAAACCACAGAGACAUGUGCCAAA